AUGAGUGGCCGAUUCUCACGCACAAUUUAUGUUGGGAACCUGCCUCUGGAUAUAAGAGAAUGGGAAGUUGAAGAUCUUUUUUAUAAGUAUGGGCGUAUAUUGGACAUAGAAUUAAAGAUUCCACCUCGUCCUCCUUGUUAUUGUUUUGUUGAGUUUGCAAAUGCUCGUGAUGCUGAAGAUGCAAUUAGAGGACGUGAUGGCUAUAAUUUUGAUGGUUGUCGCCUGAGGGUUGAGCUUGCUCAUGGGGGUCGAGGACAAUCAUCCUCUGGUGAUCGUCGUGGCAGCAGCAAUAGCAAUGGGCGUUCUGGUCUUUCUCGACAUUCUGAGUAUCGAGUUAUUGUUCGACAGCUACCAUCAUCUGCAUCUUGGCAAGAUCUUAAGGAUCAUAUGCGCAAGGCUGGUGAUGUAUGUUUUGCUGAGGUUUCACGUGAUAGCAAGGGGACAUUUGGUCUUGUUGACUAUACCAACUAUGACGACAUGAAAUAUGCUAUAAGAAAGCUUGAUGACACUGAGUUCAGAAAUCCAUGGGCAAAGACUUAUAUUAGGGUAAGGAAGUACGAAAAUAGCCCUUCCAGAAGUCCAAGUAGGAGCCGCAGUAGAAGCAGAAGCAAAUCUUUGGAGCGAUCUGUAUCAAGAUCACCCUUCAAAAUCUAGGUCAGCAUCUCCAGAUGAGCCAGCAAGGUCAAGGACAAGGUCAAGAUCUAGGUCAAAGUCGGAAUCACCGGCUCCGGGCCAGAGUCCAUGAGUCAAAUCACAAUUCCAUUCUGGGUGUUGCUGGAAUUUAGAAGGGGAGUUAUUAAGAGUUGUUAUGGGGAUGAAAUGUUUUUAGGAAGUUGUUUUUGGAUUUGGAUGAUAAGACGAUUAGAUGCUUAAACCACCUCUUCAAAUCUGUCAGGCUGUUGGUCAUGUUUCUGUAUAGAGGCUCACAAAACCUGGCCUUGGUUAUUGGUUAAUCAUGUCCUGCGACAUUCGUUUUUUUUUAGACAAUUACCUAGAAAAAAUUAACCAAUUUUCUACUCUAAUCAAAUCGGU